AUGUCUGAUUCCCUUAGUCCAGUUUCCUCUGCUCCUACUUCUCCUGCUCGGUCUGCUCUGGAGUCUGGUGCUCCCUGCUCUCCUUCGGAAUCCACCACUGGCUCUCCUGCUCCUGCCUCGCCCCCUCCCGAUGCUCCCAACCACCGCCCUCGUCGUCGUAAGAUGCCUGUUGUAAUACGGAGGCCUCGUGAUGACACGCCAGAGGACGAGGGGUCUCCAACUGGAGAUCCUGCUGCUCCUGCUGAAAGUCCUUGCACGCCUGCUCCUGCCCCGUCCCCUCCUGAUGCUCCGAAACACCACCCUCGUCGUCGCAAGAUGCCUGUUGCAAUACGGAGGCCUCGUGAUGCCACGCCAGAGGAUGAGGGGUCUCCAACUGUAGAUCCUCCUCAUGCUGAUAGUGAUAGUUCUCUCACUCCUGUUCCCACCCCUCCGCCUCAAGCCAGUACUGGCCCUGCAGCUCCAGCGGGAACGGUAAAUGUCGAGCGAUGGGUCGCAAGGAAGAAAGCCCGUGCUGUGGCAAGGGCUAGGGCUAUAAAGCACCAGGCAAAUAUCGAUGAGCAUUUCACAAACAUCAAACCGACUCCAGACGAUCAGCAAUAUCCAACAUUCCAAUCUAAGGCGUACGCAACCAAUGUGCGGAAGGAUAAGCUGGCAAAGGAUCUCGUGGACUUUGUCGGCACGGCAUUAUGCUACGCAACCCAUCCAUCACUGGAGGGGGGAAAGUGCCCAACUUGCGGGGAUGUCGUUACACCACCUGACACCCAGCCUGAUGACAUCAUUCUGAAGCGGCCUCAGCCAACAUCACAGGUCAAUGGUGCCCCAGAAGUUCAGUGGUUGGCCAAGCACUGGAGGUGCAUGACGAUUGAGGGUCGCCAGCGCUUCUAUCCAGCAGACUAUCUUCCUGAGGACAAGAGGUGUGCUCUGGAUAUGGAUAUGAUGGAGGGCUUGGAUGUCUCAGAACUGACUCCCCGAGACGCGAAGAGGAUCCUCAAUGAUAUCAAGGCAUGCCACCAUGGGCGCGGUAAACUCUGUGCUGCGAUUAUGCAGACAGAAUCCGAUGCACUGCUGAGAGCCAAAAAACUCAGUCAGGAAGCAAGCCGGGCUGAGUACCGUGAGGCGCGAACCAAGGCCCAGAAAUCGAGGAAGAAGGACAACAAGAAGGUCAGGGAGGUGGAGAGAGCUGCAAAGAAGGCAGCUAGGUGGCAGAGGGCGCAGUUGCGCAAGGCAGAGAAGGCUAAGGCUGCAGGUGAGGGUAUGGAUGUUGAUCAGGAGGAUAAGGGGGAGGGAAGUAGCAAGGUACAGCCUGCUGAUGAGGACUCUAUCACAGAGCCAGAGUCUGAGGAUGAAGACGACUUGGUGACUACUCAACGGUAG